CUAUUUUCCAUAACUAUAUCAUUUUUCCUAUAAUAUAUUGAACGCUAAACGUUCAAUCAAAGAUUUAUUUUAAUUUUAAAAAUGUUUCUUUUUGUAAUUGAAGAUGUCACUAACUAUUAAACUUUCUAUACAAUGAAUUUCAACAUGUCAUCCACUUUGAUCCAAGAAUUUAAUUCAUUUAUUGUCAACUACACAUUACGCCACAUUGACCUCUUCCUUACUUAAAAAUGUGCAGGUUUGGUGGCAUUAGAGAACAUGGGAUUCGUAUCAAACGUAUUAAUAUUGUUCUCAUACUUCAUGAAGGAUUUGAGUUUCAACAUCCCUGGGGCCGCAAACACAGUUACUAAUUUUAUGGGCUCGACAUUCCUUCUAUCAAUUAUUGGUGCUUUUAUUUCAGACACUUACAUCUCCAGAUUCCAUACUUGUCUUAUUUUCGGAGUGAUCGAAGUAGUGGCUUUUGCAAUAAUGACAAUUCAAGCUCAUGCCACAAGUCUCCAUCCAAAACCUUGUGGUGGAAAAGCAAGUUGCAUGGAAGGAGGGAUAGGAUUCAUGUUUUACACCUCAUUAGCAUUAUUAGCAUUAGGUUCGGGUGGCGUUCGAGGUGCUCUUGCCCCGUUUGGUGCAGACCAGUUUGACACCAUGAAACCAAAAGGACUCACGGCACAAGGAAGCUAUUUCAACUGGCUUCUCCUCAGCACCACCGUGGGCGCCACCGUGGGAGUAACUGGAUUUGUGUAUGUUAGCACUAAUCAUGGCUGGUGGUGGGGUUUCUUAUUAGCUACCAUUACUAGCUCCUUGGGGUACACUUUAUUUCUUUUUGGGAAACCCUUCUACCGCAUUCAAGCUCCUAAAGACAGCCCGCUUCUAAGGGUUACUAGGGUGUUUGUAGCAUCUGUCAACAAUAGAAACUUAGCACUACCAGAAAAUUCGGAAGAGUUACAUGAAAGUAGCAAAAAUGAGCCUUUGAUGGGAAAAAAACUCUCUCGUACUGCCCAAUUCACUUGGCUGGACAAGGCAGCAGUUGUUCCUAAAGAUUCAAAACCAAGUGAACUCGCACCAUGGGAGAUAUGCACUGUGACACAAGUUGAAGAAGUUAAGAUCCUAAUAAGAAUGCUUCCUAUCAUACUAAGCACUGUUGUCAUGAACACAUGUUUAGCCCAACUACAAACAUUUUCACAAGCUCAAGGCAAUUUCAUGAACAAAAAACUUGGAAAACUUGACUUCCCUGCGGGCUCAAUUCCAGUAAUUCCCCUUGUCUUCAUGUCAAUUCUCCUUCCUGUUUAUGAGUUCUUCUUUGUACCAUUUGCACGAAAAUUCACCAAACAUCCACAAGGAAUUACUCAACUCCAAAGAGUUGGAGUUGGCCUUGUUCUCUCUGCAAUCUCGAUGGGAGUGGCUGGCAUUGUGGAAGUAAAGAGGAGAAACCAAUCAAGACUUCAUCCACUUGAGCCUAUUAGCCUCUUUUGGCUUUCUUUUCAAUAUGGUAUUUUUGGGAUUGCAGAUAUGUUCACACUUGUGGGUUUACUUGAGUUCUUUUACAAAGAGGCUCCUGUAGGGAUGAGAUCACUUGCCACUUCAUUCACCUGGAUAUCUGUGUCACUUGGGUACUUUCUGAGUAGUGUUUUGGUGGAUAUUGUUAAUUCUGUUACUAAGAGAGUGUCUCCAAGCAAAAAAGGAUGGAUUAAUGGGUUGAUUUUGGAUAACAACAAUCUGAAUUUAUUUUAUUGGUUGUUGGCUGUGUUGAGCUUGAUAAAUUUCGCAGUUUACUUGCUUUCAGCCGUAAAGUAUAAGUACAAAAAGGAGGAUGAUGAAUUGUUGAAGACAGAAAUGGCGUCAGCAACUACAAGUGUUGCAAUGGUCAGUGCAAGUGAAGAUGAGUUACCAAAGAGUACAAUUAAAGAAGACUCUCCAGAAGGUGAAACAACCGUUGAAUCAAAUGAGGAUGUUAAAAAUGUGAAAGAACCAAAGGAGGAGGUUAACGAUGGAAAAGAUCAUGAAGUUCAUUCACAAAUAUAAAAGCAGAAUCUUGAAGAUAUUGUUUGGUUUAGAUGUCUCUGCAUUUUGGGUCACUUCUCUUUGUUUUUUUUCCUUGCACUUCACUGAUUCAUUAGCUUUUGAACAAUAUUCCACUCUAACCCUCCAAACCAACCAUCUUUUUGGUGUGCUUUUUGUUGUUAUAUUUGGAUAAGCUCAGAUGAGCACACAUAAAUGUAAGCAUCAUGUUGUAUGCUACAAAAUUCUGUUAUAAAAAACCAUUUUCUCUUCAAA